UCGAAAUUCGUGUAAAUACCACUUACCAUCAAUUUACUCGAACUCGCACACGGCCUUAUUUGGAGUAAUCUCUUCACGUUUUACAACACUGUUUUUGCAUGUUUUUGUUCUUUCGUUCUUAAUUGUAGUUGCUGUGUCUAUCAGUUGCUUUCAAUGUGUGUGUGUCUAAGACGUCAGUAAGCGCAAAAGUCUGUGGCGUAUAUACCAAAAUGAAUUCAAAUUAUUAAUAAGGAAAUCGUACAUAUCGCCUAUUAUAUUCCAUUAUUUAUGUAACCUGUCAAACAUUAUUCCAAAAAAAAUUGCUAUAAAAAGUUUAGAGAUUUCUACGAAACGUAUUUCAUAGACUAUAUUUUAUUUUAUUUUCUAAACUAAGACUUGUUCGAAAUGAGUAAGCGCGUCAUUGAACUUCUAGCUAAACCUUUUUGGAACAAGAAACCUGUUGUUAGCAGGGUUGAACUUGAUAAUUGUGAGAAGCCAGUCAAGAAGACUCCAGCACCCUUGCCGCCAAAAACGGUUGCUGAGGAGCCUCGUCACUCUCCAAAACAAGGAGAUUCUGUAUCUGAACCUCAAUCUGUAGGCUCUGGCGAAGCCAAGGCCGAAACUAAAAGUGAAGAAAAAAUCAAGCCGGAGAAAACAAUUAGCUCAGCACCAUAUGACAAUUUCAAGAAUAGGCUAAGGAAGCUGCAGGACUUGGGCACAAAGAGUCCACGCGAGAAGAUGGAACUUAAGAAAAUCCUUAUGCCCAACAAUUAUGUUGUUCCAAAAAAGAAAUGAGUAUUUUUCAAAAAAAAAGGGCGCUGUCUUUAGACAUCUAAAAUCUAAAAGAAUCUAAAAGUUUCUCGAACAAAAAAAGAAUAUAUUUCAAUAUAUGCAGCGAUAUAAUUUACCAUAAGCUAUUAAUAAAUUUAACU